AUGCAAGGAGAGCUCUAUCCACCACAGGGCGCGGUCACACUCGAGCAGGCACUGGAGAGCGAAAGCGAAGAACGAAAGCGACGGAAGAAGAAGCCAAAGGGGAACGAUGAAGAUGACGGAAAGGUUGGAAAGAAUGAAACAGAAGGAGGGGAGGUCUCGAAGGAUAGUGCCUUGGAUGGAGAAGAUGAGGAGAAGAAGAAGAAGAGCGACGGCGAUGGAAGUAGCGGCAAGAAGAAAAAGAAGAAGAAAUCGGGCGGCGGGAGCAGCCUCGCUAACAGCAGGAAGAAGACGAAGAAGGGAAGCAAAAAGGUGAAGGAAGACGAAGAUGGAGAAGACGGCGACGGUGAAAGUGGAAGCAGCAAGAAGAAGAAGAAAAAGAAAGAGAGUAAAGAGGAAAAAAAGAAAACCAGAAAGAACUUGAAGGCCCUCGCGGCCACCCUGCCCAACCCACGCAUCGCCUCUUCAUCAUCUGCCUCCUCUACAUCUCCAUCUCCAUCGCCAUCUUCCACUACUUCGCCAUCUUCAAAUGGCUACGCAGCCUCGAAUGCCCAGUUCUCUGCGUCGUCUGGAAAAAUCAGUCUGGCAGCGAAGUCGAAAUCGAGUGAUUCGGCAUCGCGCCUUGCCGGCGCCCUGACCUGGAACGAUCUGCCCGACACGCCCAUCAAGAAGAAGAAGACCAAGUCGUCAUCAUCCAGCAUCAACAAGAAGAAGCGACAAGAUGCUGGCGGCGGCGGUUCGGACAGCGACGCGCUCAUGGCGGCCGAGGACGAUGUAGAGGAGUGGGAGCGGUCGGGCAGCGCCGACGUGGUCCUGUGCACCAUCGGCCACUUCAAGCAGCUCAGCCUGUCCGACGAGGGACGCCGCUUCGACCCCAAGGCCGGCCCUGUCGACGACGGCGGCGAUAACCAUGACGAAGUCGCUGAUGCGGUCGAUGGCAACGACGACGGCGACGAUAGCGACGUUGACGAUGAACGGCUCAAGCUGCCGCUGCCGAAGGAGAAUGACGAGAGUGGGUGCAGCAAGGACGAGCUCCGGCUGUCGCCGCGCGGUUGGGCAGACUUGUCGAUUGCUGGUAGCGGCGGCGGUGGCGGUUCGGCUCCGACCACGUCGCGCACGGCCUCGCCCGAUGCGAAGUGCGCGCAGCUGCACAAGCUGCGCUCGAUGGAGCCCACGGUCGUGUGGCGCUCGCUCCAGAAGGCGGAUCUGCUGGGCUUGGUGGCAUCGCCCGGUGCGCCGCCGGCGGAUGACGGUGGACGCUCCGAGCGCAAGAAGCGGACGGACAUGCUGUGGCAAGAGCUGAUCGACACCGAGAUCAACUACGUCAAGAACCUCAACACGAUCAUCCAGGAGUUCGUGGUCCCGCUGACGACGCUGGCCAACGAGGGCAAGGGCGCGCUGUCGCCCGGCCAGGUCGACCUCAUAUUCAGCCGAGUGACGCCGCUCCACGCCAUCCACGAGGCCCUGCUCGCCGAGUUCAGGCGAGCUGAGGCCGGCGGGUGCACGUUCUCCGAUGCAUUCCUCACAUUCAUGCCGUUCCUGAAGGUCUACUCGACCUACGUGAACAAGCACCCGUCGGCGAUCGAGCUGCUCAUUAAGCUGCAGCGAUCCAGUUCCCGCUUCCGCAAGUUCCUUGACGAGUGUAUGAACAAGACGGGCAUGGACGUUGAGUCGUUCCUCAUUCUCCCGAUCCAGCGCCUGCCGCGCUACGAGCUCAUUCUCAACGACCUGGUGCGACAAACGAUGAUGUGUUCGGCUCCGGGCGAACACGCCAAGCUGAAGAAACUGCUGGCGUCCAUCAAGGAGAUCAACACGGCGGUGGUGGAGAGCAGGAAGAGGGAGGAGAGCGCCGAGAGGAUGUACCAAAUCUACGCUAGCCUCGCGUUCCCGUCCAAGCAGAAGGAACUGGACGUGUUCGAUGAGACGAUCCGGGUGUUCGUGCGGGAGGGCAUGCUCGACGUGUGCCUGCCGCCCGACAGCAACUUUGUGCCGCGCUGCUUCAUUUUGUUCACCGACAUUCUGGUGCGCCAGCCGUCGAGCGAUGCACCCGUGAUGGAUGCGUUGAAUGGUGAAAAGCACCAGUGCGCUAACAACACCAGUGCUGUGGACAUUUGCACGGUAAAGAAGGGGUCCACGAUGAAGUUCGAGUACUUCUUCAAGCUGGCGAACAUCACCACGCAGAGCACGGGGAAGGAUCUCACCCUGCUCUUCGGCGACGAUAACGUGUUUGCGCUGGCGGAUCGCAAGAAGUCGGGUGGCGGCUCGCGAGGGUCGAGAGGUUCGCGCGGGGCCAAGGUGAACGGAGCGGCGGAGUCGGGCAACGACAAUGUGCUCUACCUCCGAGCCUCUUCCGCCGAGGAGAAGGAGGCGUGGGUCAACGAGCUCGACCAGCUCUGCGCGCGAGCGCAAGUGGCGGAGACAAAGAAGGCGCGACGAUCGAUCACCAUGCCCAACCUCAAGGACAUGCUGGAGGCCGAGAUGGAGAAGGAACGGAAGGAAGAGGAAGAGGCGGCGACGAAGCAGAGCGCCACCGAGCGAAGAAAGUCGCGACGGCUCUCCCUCCGCUUCAACAGCUCCCUGCUCCAGAGCAGAUCGAAGAGCUCGACCGGUAGCUGA